ACCACCUCUCCUCUCCUCUCCUUUCUUCCACCACCACCCCCUGAAUCCCUUCCAGAAUCAGAGCGUCUGCUCUCUGAUGAGUCCUUAGUGUGACCAGGUGCUACGGCAAUCCGCGUCGAACACCUGUCUGCCUGUCUUUCGGCUGUGGAACCCCUGUGUUUCAAUCACUUCUACUUUCCUUCCUCCUCUUCCUCCCAUCUUCAUCUCUGAACCCUGCGAUCUCUUCCAAUCCCCAAUGUUGAGAGCUACAACAACCAAGAGCGCCAGCGUGCUGCGCGGCUCGGCCUGCUCGGCCUGCCGCCGCUCGCUGUCGCUGGCCUCGACGCCCAAGAAUGGCCUCGCCUCUGUCGGACAGAAACUGAGUCUGGCGGCACGGAGACCGCUGGCUGUCGUGGAUGCUCGUCGUCGCUAUGCGGCUGCUGCUGGAGUGGACCCCAACGAUUCCUUCCUGCAGGGCAAUACGGCCAACUAUAUCGAUGAAAUGUACAUGGCGUGGAAGGACGACCCGACCAGCGUGCACAUCUCGUGGCAGACCUACUUCCGCAACAUGGAGGAGGGCAAGAUGCCCAUGUCGCAGGCCUUCCAGCCGCCGCCGACCCUCGUGCCCACCCCGACCGGUGGUGUUCCUCAGGAUAUGCCGGGCGCUGGGCUGGCCUUUGCUGCCGGCUCGGAUCUUACCAACCAUCUGAAGGUCCAGCUGCUGGUUCGCGCCUACCAGGCUCGCGGCCACCACAAGGCCAAGAUCGACCCCCUGGGCAUCCGCGGCGAGGCCGACGCCUUUGGCUACAACAAGCCCAAGGAGCUCGAGCUCGACCACUACGGCUUCACCGAGAAGGACCUCGACCAGGAGUUCGCCCUGGGGCCUGGCAUCCUGCCGCGCUUCGCCACCGAGGAGCGGAAGAAGAUGACCCUGCGCGAGAUCAUCGCCACCUGUGAGAAGAUCUACUGCGGCUCCUACGGCGUCGAGUAUAUCCACAUCCCCGACCGCAAGCCCUGCGACUGGAUCCGGGACCGCUUCGAGAUCCCCGAGCCCUACCAGUACUCGGUCGACGACAAGCGUCGCAUCCUCGACCGCCUCAUCUGGUCUUCCAGCUUCGAGUCCUUCCUCACCACCAAGUUCCCCAACGACAAGCGCUUCGGUCUCGAGGGCUGCGAGACCCUCGUCCCCGGUAUGAAGGCCCUCAUCGACCGCAGUGUCGACUACGGCGUCAAGGAUAUCGUCAUCGGCAUGCCCCAUCGUGGCCGUCUCAACGUGCUGUCCAACGUGGUCCGCAAGCCGAACGAGUCCAUCUUCAGCGAGUUCGCUGGCUCCGCCGAGCCCUCGGACGAGGGCUCCGGUGAUGUCAAGUACCACCUGGGUAUGAACUUUGAGCGGCCCACCCCGUCCGGCAAGCGUGUCCAGCUGUCGCUCGUCGCCAACCCCUCCCACCUCGAGGCCGAAGACCCCGUCGUGCUGGGCAAGACCCGUUCCAUCCAGCACUACAACAACGACGAGACCAAGUUCGACUCGGCCAUGGGUGUCCUCCUGCACGGUGACGCCGCCUUUGCCGCCCAGGGUGUCGUCUACGAGACCAUGGGCUUCCACUCCCUGCCCGCCUACUCCACCGGCGGUACCAUCCACAUCGUCGUCAACAACCAGAUCGGUUUCACCACCGACCCGCGCUUCGCUCGCUCCACCCCGUACUGCUCCGACAUCGCCAAGGCGAUCGACGCCCCCGUCUUCCACGUCAACGCCGACGACGUCGAGGCCGUCAACUACGUCUGCCAGGUCGCGGCCGACUGGCGCGCCGAGUUCAAGCGCGACGUCGUCAUCGACAUCGUCUGCUACCGCAAGCAGGGCCACAACGAGACCGACCAGCCCGCCUUCACCCAGCCCCUCAUGUACAAGCGCAUCGCCUCCCAGCAGAGCCAGCUCGACAAGUACGUCGAGAAGCUCAUCGCCGAGGGCACCUUCACCAAGGCCGACAUCGACGAGCACAAGAAGUGGGUCUGGGGCAUGCUCAACGACUCCUUCGACCGCAGCAAGGACUACCAGCCCACCGGCAAGGAGUGGCUGACCUCCGCCUGGAACGGCUUCAAGACCCCCAAGGAGCUGGCCACCGAGGUCCUGCCGCACCUGCCCACGGGCGUCGACGUCACCCUCCUGCGCCACAUCGCCAACAAGGUCUCCGGCGCCCCCGACGACUUCACCGUCCACCGCAACCUCAAGCGUAUUCUUGCCACCCGCAAGAAGUCCGUCGAUGAGGGUGAGAAUAUCGACUGGGCGACCGCAGAGGCCCUCGCCUUUGGCUCCCUCGUCUCCGAGGGCUACCACGUCCGUGUCUCCGGUCAGGAUGUCGAGCGUGGUACCUUCUCCCAGCGUCACGCCGUCCUCCACAACCAGGAUACCGAGGCCACCUACACCCCUCUGCAGAACAUCGAUCCCAAGCAGGGCAGCUUUGUCAUCUCCAACUCUUCUCUGAGUGAAUUCGGAGCUCUCGGCUUCGAGUACGGAUACUCGCUGACUUCGCCGAAUGCCCUGGUCAUGUGGGAGGCCCAGUUCGGUGACUUUGCCAACAACGCACAGUGCAUCAUUGAUCAGUUCAUUGCCUCUGGUGAAUCAAAAUGGCUGCAGCGCUCUGGUCUCGUCAUCUCCCUCCCUCACGGUUAUGAUGGCCAAGGCCCCGAACACUCGUCCGGCCGUCUGGAGCGCUGGCUGCAGCUCUCUAACGAAGAGCCUCGUGUCUUCCCCAGCCAGGCCAAGCUGGACCGCCAGCACCAAGAUAUCAACAUGCAGAUCGCCUACAUGACCACUCCGGCCAAUCUGUUCCACAUCCUCCGUCGCCAGAUCCACCGCCAAUUCCGCAAGCCUUUGGUUAUCUUCUUCUCGAAAUCUCUGCUGCGUCACCCCAUCGCUCGGUCCAGUAUUGAGGACAUCACCGGUGACUCGCACUUCCAGUGGAUCAUCCCCGACCCGGCCCACGGCAAGGAGAUCGACGAGCCGGAGAAGAUCGAGCGCGUCAUCCUGUGCUCUGGUCAGGUGUACGCUGCGCUGGUCAAGCACCGUGACACCAACGGUAUCCGCAACACCGCCAUCACUCGUAUUGAGCAGCUGAACCCCUUCCCUUGGGCCCAGCUCCGCGAUAACCUGGACAGCUACCCCAACGCCAAGAACAUUGUCUGGUGCCAGGAGGAGCCCCUCAACGCCGGUGCCUGGAGCUUCACCCAGCCCCGUAUCGAGACCCUGCUGAACGCCACGGAGCACCACAACCGCCGCCACGUCCUCUACGCCGGUCGCGCUCCCAGUGCCUCGGUUGCCACUGGUCUCAAGUCGGUGCAUCUGAAGGAGGAGCAGGACCUGCUUGAGGACGCCUUCACUAUCCACCAGGACCGCCUCAAGGGGGAGUAAGUUAGUCUUAAGUCUUGCACCGUUGGUAGAUUCUCGUGGAUCUCUUCUUUCCUUUGUAUGAUUUUUUUUCCCUUUGUUCUUUUUUUUUCUUAUCUCUUGGUCCCUGUUUCGCUAUAUUUAUCUAUUCGUCUGCCUCUCUUAGCUGCUCAUCUGCAUGG